AUGGCCUUCAAGGGGCCACUCAAGCCCGCAGCGCCCAGCAGCUUUCCGGCUGCAUCCUGUUUCAUUGGCUGUGCUUACCGAGUUAGAUACGACAAGGCUGCUGGUGAACAUUUCCCAAUUCUCCAAAUAAAGGAUUGCAGCCAAGUAGAAGAUGCAAAUAACAAACUGUUCAAUGAUUUCCCUAUGGAUUCUAAUAAUGGCAACUGUAGAGGCACCGGCAGUGAACGCUGCAAAUGUAAGCCUAUAAAAGCUACCCAGAAGACCUAUCUUCGGAACAAUUAUAACUACGUCAUUCGGGCUAAAGUGAAAGAGGUGAAGACUAAAUGUCAUGAUGUUACUGCAGUAGUGGAAGUAAAGGAGAUUCUGAAAUCUUCUUUGGUGAACAUCCCAAAGGACACUGUAAACCUUUACACAAACUCUGGUUGCCUAUGUCCACCGCUCAGUGCCAACGAAGAAUACAUCAUAAUGGGCUAUGAAGAUGAGGAGCGUUCCAGGUUACUCUUGGUAGAAGGCUCCAUAGCUGAGAAAUGGAAGGAUCGUCUAGGUAAAAAAGUAAAGCGCUGGGAUCAGAAACUCCGCCACCUUGGAAAGGGAAAAGGAGAGCCUGGACAAAGUGAUUCCGCUCAGAAGUCUGGCAAAACCAGCAAUUCACGACAAGCACGUAAUUAGAUGUGAAAUGCUGUAUGUUAAAAGUCAGUGGACUAUAUAUCAAGACUUGCAUUGUUGGAGCAGCAAAGGAGAAAUUGCACUAUUGCACGUUAUAUUCUAUUGUUUACUACAAAAUAAUGUUUUAGCUUAUAUUAGUUUUUAUUCUUCUUUGUGUCUGCUUUUUUUUUCCUGGAACUGUGCAAGCUCUGGAAAUAUAUAAUUUUUUCUGUCAAUAAGAACUGUAGAAAACUGCCCUUAUGAGAUGGGGAAAGAUUAGGUCAUACUGAAGUUACCAUUUUAUCUCCUGAAUCUUCUUAUGGAGAAAAUGCUGAUGUAAUCAGGAAUGAGAUCUGUCAAAGACCAUGAUUUAAAAUCAUGACUCACACUGGCUCCCUUGUUUCGGUCUUUCUCAUCACAGGCUUGGUCAUUGUUUGCAGACGCUCGUGGCGGGGGGGAGUGGAGGCAGUGGAUUUUUUUUGAGUGUAUACGUUCUUAUUCUGAAAUAUAAUGGCCAUAUAUGUGUGUGUGUGUGUGUGUAUUUAUAUGUAUGUAUAUACAUGCACACACAUUUAGAGUCACAUGACACUUCUAGAGAAAGAAUGGAAAAGAAAAUUGUUUGCAGAGUUACUUACAGAAAAACAGCAAAAUGAUUUUUUACUUGUAGAAAACUACAGUUUAGAUGUUUAGUGUUGUUUAUGUAGUUACUUUUUUAUUUGGACAUUGGUAGAAUUAUUUGUUCACAGACAUACUAAUUAGCACUAAGGAAAGAAAUUGCAUCAAGAGAACUGUUUUACUCAGUAUACCUUUGUAAAAUUUGUAAGUAAUUUUGUAACUUGCAUAAGCCAAAGUCUAACUUAAAAUAUUUACUACAACAACAAACAGUGUGCUUAUACACAUGGGACUUGUUUUUUGAAUAUGUUGAGUAUACGUGGGAAACGUAUUGUUCUGUUAUCUCAGAACAUACUUUGCAAUAUGUUUUCCUCUUAUAAUGGCAGUUUUCUUCCUUUUCUUUCAUUUCUCUGCUGAGUUGUAGGAGUAGACUGACUUACCAGGCCUGCUUCUCAGUACAGGUCUGCACUUUAUCAUUUUGAUUUUGUGGUGUUAUUCUUAAAUCUGUGCCUACAUAAACAGCAGUGUUCAAUGCUAAGUAAAAUAUGUCCAAUAAAAGAAUUGUAGCUGUCAACACAGAUCUUAUCUGACUUUUGAAUCAAUGUCACUUUAUUAUAUUACUAUUCAAAAUAUAAGCUAAAAAACAAAAACC